AUGUCUCAAAAAAGAGAUUACUAUGAGGUAUUGGGGAUAUCACGUAGUGCUUCAGAUGCAGAUAUAAAAAAGGCAUAUAGAAAACUCGCGAUCCAGUAUCACCCCGAUAAAAAUCAGGGUAAACCUGAGGCUGAGGAGUAUUUUAAGGAAGCUACUGAAGCGUACGAAGUGCUUUCUGAUCCCGAGAAGAAAAAAAUAUACGAUCAGUACGGUCAUGAAGGUAUAAACGCUUCAUUUCAAGGGGCAUCUGCCCAUGAUUUUUCCAGUAUUUUCAGAGAAUUCGAGGAUAUAUUUUCUGGGAGUAGUUUUGAAAGUAUUUUUGGUGGAGCUGGUGGAUUUAGUAGUUUCUUUAGCGGAGGAAGGGGGAGUUCUGCAAGGCGAGAAACACAGUUAGAUAUUCAUUUUGCUAUGGAAAUCUCAUUAGAGGAGUCCCUCGAUGGUGUUGAAAGGAAAAUAGCAUACGAACGAUAUGUACAUUGCGCUGCAUGUGGUGGAAGUGGAGCUGAUGGAAAGGCGCGGUAUACAACGUGUUCUACCUGUCGCGGAAGGGGCAGCACCCAAAGCUCCUUAGGUGCCUUUAUCUCUUUUAGUUCAACAUGCUCGCAUUGUAAUGGUGAAGGAAAAAUACUAGAGAAUGCAUGUAAAGCAUGCAAUGGUGGAGGAGUAAAUAAGAAAAAGCCCACUGUGAAAGUACGAAUUCCAAAAGGUAUAGAGCAUAAUAAAACCUUAAUUCUUGAAGAUUUGGGACAUGAGCUGCAACGAAGAAAAGGAAGAGUUCUUAUUACUAUACAUAUACUUCCGCAUAAACUGUAUAAACGCGAACAUAACAAUCUCAUCGUCCAAAUCCCUUUAGAUUUUAUUACUGCAACCUUAGGAGGUAAUAUUAUCUUUGAAUCUAUAACAAAGGAGCAAGUGUCUGUCCCUAUUUCACCUUACACAAAAGAUCAGGACUAUAUAAGAAUUUCUCGCAAAGGCGUACAACCAGAAUCGGGUUACACAGGAGAUCUUAUUGUUAUUUUUCGUUUAAUGCCCUUACGGAAACUAGGUAAGCAAGCUAUGCAGUUACUACUCCAGUUGAAAAAAGAAUUACAGUAUACCGCUACAGUUCAACCACUAGAAUUCGGAUAUGAUACGUAG